UAACAUACGACUCAUUGGUGGCAUUAACCCCUGCUCUGGUCGAGUGGAGAUCUUGCAUGGUGGCCAGUGGGGAACAGUGUGUGAUGAUGGCUGGGAUAUAAAUGAUGCAGAGGUGGUGUGUAGACAGCUUGGAUGUGGUAAUGCCACUAGUGCUGCUCAAAGCACCCACUUUGGUCAAGGAAGUGGCCCAAUAUGGCUUGAUGAUGUUGGGUGUUCUGGAAGUGAACGCAUCAUCACACAGUGCUCUCAUAAUGGAUUUGGGAUACACAAUUGUGUUCAUGGUGAAGAUGCUGGUGUAACCUGCGCAGCCUUUUCUCCUCCAGUCCACAGCCGCCUCACUACCUUCCAUUUCAGUCCGGGUGGCAUGAAUCAGGCUGCGGCUCGGGCAGCUUGCAGAGACAAUUACAUCGACCUCGUCACUCUGUACUCUGAUGAAGACAACACUGAACUGGAGAAUAUGAUGAUGAAGGCUGGUGUUGGCGCAGGAUGGAUCGGUCUCUAUCGCGGUCAGUUCAGUGAGAAAUGGUCUAAUGGUGAUCCUGUAACAUUCAGAAAUCUGACAGGGGAUUGUGGGACAUCGAGCUGCUGUGCUGCUAUGAAACCUGAUGGUUCAUGGGAAAGUCUUCAGUGCACAGGGACGAGAUAUUUCAUGUGCUAUGAACAAGAUCCUUCUUCUCAGACUCCUAAUUAUCAUCUAAUCCGUGAGAAUAAGACCUGGUAUGAAGCUCAGCGUUACUGCAGGGGGAAAUACACUGACCUGGUCAGCAUCAGAGAUCAGCAGCAAAAUGAAGAGGUGAAGAUUAAAGGGUUAAACAGCAGCACGUCCUUCUGGAUCGGCCUGCUGCGUGAUGACUGGCAGUGGACUGAUGGAGGAAACUCCACCUACAGAAACUGGGCGAGCGGUGAACCUUUAUCAUCACCAUACAACUGUGUAAAACUGUGGCAGGGGAAGUGGAUUUCAGAGCCGUGCAGUAAUUAUUACUACACUCUGUGCUACGCUUCCAUCCAUGUGAGUGAUGUGGCUCUGAGCUGGGAGAAAGCGCUGGAUUACUGUCAUGAAGGGAACAGGGCUGGAAUUCUGAACAUCGAUUCUGAAGCUGAACAGGAAGAGUUGGAGUCUGAGCUCAGGAGGAGGCGUGUCCCCCCAGGGUCUCUGUGGGUGGGGCUUGGACCGAACCGUCUCUCUGAGAUGAAGGCGUCGUCCCGUCCGCUGACCUGCGAGGACGUAAAGAGACAGACAGAACCUCCGCUGUCUCACUGCCCUGCUGACACACACACUGCAGAAGCAGCACCUGAUUAUGUGAUGGACUCUGCUGAACUUCGAGUCGUGUGUAAAUUGAAAUAAAAGGCGGUUUUCUCGAUGCUGGAAGAACAGAGCACUGCACAGUUUAGGGUUUUCCAGCACUAACUCACCUGAACCCUUCAUUAUGCACUUGUUCACUAGGUGAUGAGUUGAAUCAGGUGUCAUAGAGCAGGAAAAAGCCUAAAGUGUGCAGGAACUGUUCACACACUCAGAGCUUUACACACCAGUUCACAUUCACAAUCAUAUUCAGAAUAUGCACUUAAGGCUUUCAGAUGAAUUCAUACAAAUACACACAUUUUUAAGCUGUUAAUCCUUUUCUCCAAAUUCCUGUUUGAGAUAAAAUUCAUGAAAGUUGUUUCUUUUCUAUUAUCAUUUCAGCAUAUAAUAAGAAAAUGUAAUUAUAUUAACUUUUGUUGUGAUACCUUUUGUGUUGUUUCUCUUUAUUUGCAGCAGGCGAGUGUUUUUAAUGAUCUGAUUUUACUAAAGUAGAGUUUUUGGGCUUUGGGGUUUAGUAGCUGAAUAAACACUGAUGUUGAGUUUAGAAACUAUGGAUGUUCUAUAUUAAUACAAUGUAAUCUGAUCUUUUUACAGUAUAUUCUUUUUUUUAUUCUUCUUUAUUUUUUAUUCUAAAUGCAACUGUGUUUUUAUUUUUCAAAAAGUGUGUCUUAAAGGUCAUUGCAUUCAUUAUUAUUUUAUCUGUUAAAAAUGAGUGAAAACGCUGUAAAUUCUCGCAGAAUGAAUUUGAGUGGAUAUGAAACACUAGCUGCAGCGUGUUAUAUACUCAGAUUGUAAGAUUUCAGGAUUUUUUUUUAAUUUACAUUUCCAAAAGUGUAUUACGGUCAAUUUUCUCAGAGCUUUUACUGUAUUUAGAGGCUUUUUCUUUUCCCUUCUCUUAGUUUUAAGAACUGGUUUGAAAUCUAAUUCUU